AUGGACACAGACAGUGAUGACGAUGACACUGCUGUUCCUCUAAGACAUCACAUGACUCAGCCCAGGGGGAUUGUGGGAAACCCUUCUCAUAAAGAGUCUGGCUCCUCCAAUCAGCGAGAGAUACUGCUUCACUCCUCCCGCCAACCAACUGAGAGACAGAUAGACUGUCCAAUCAGCCACAAGGAUUCACAGCAGCUGGACCUGUCCUUCAAAUACAACUUGGGCUCCUGCAAUGAGUCGGAGAGUGAGGGAUCAGUGCCAGAGUUGGAAGAACCAGAGGUGGUGCCACUGAGAUCCUCAGAACCACAGCCCAUCUCUCCUGCUGAUGAGGGGAUUAACAGACCUAAGCAGAGCCGCAGUGAGAAGAAGGCCCGCAAGGCCAUGGGUAAGCUGGGCUUGCGGCCGGUCCACGGUGUGACCAGGAUCACUAUAAGGAAGUCGAAGAGCAUCUUGUUUGUCAUCAGCAGACCUGACGUCUUCAAGAGCCCCGCGUCAGACAUCUACAUCGUGUUUGGAGAGGCCAAGAUAGAGGACCUGUCUCAACAGGUGCACAAGGCAGCGGCAGAGAAGUUUAAGGUCCCGGUGGAGGCCUCCCCACUGGUGCCCCCUGCACCACCCAGCCUCACCAUCAAGGAGGAGAGCGAGGAGGAGGAGGUGGACGAGGGAGGGUUGGAGCAGAGGGAUAUAGAGCUGGUGAUGGCCCAGGCUAACGUGUCCCGUUCUAAAGCUGUCCGCGCCCUCAGACACAACACCAACGACAUCGUUAACGCUAUCAUGGAGCUGACCAUGUGA